AUGAACAACAACAUCUCUAGUCUGGGAUCGUUGGCGCCCUUCCUGAACGCCUCGUGCGAUUCCCCAUGGCCCUCAUGUCUGUCCCUGUCCACCGCAUUUGUCACCAUUGCCUUCAUGCUGAUUGUCAUGUUGGUAAGGAGAAUGAGAUAAAGAUGACGUUUUCUGCAUUAUAAAUAUUAUACAUAGUUACAACCCAAGUCAUUAUUUCAGGUGAUUGUCUGCGGCAACUUGUUGGUGGUCUUGACUGUAAACAAUGAUCACAAACUGAGAAGUCAACGGCAGAAUUGGCUGAUCGUAUCGCUAGCUGUAGCCGAUCUUCUGGUCGGACUUCUGGUGAUGCCUUUGACCAUGACUUAUGAGAUCAUUGGAGUUUGGGUUCUAGGUAAAGUCCUUCCCGAGUGUGAAGUACAUAUAAAAUUUAUUCCUGUUUCAUAAGUGUAAAAUAAUUGUUUUAGGCGAUAUUCUAUGCGAGUUGUAUUUGGCCCUGGAUGUCCUUUUUGUGACCGCCUCGAUCCUCCACAUUUGUAUUAUCUCGCUGGACAGAUACUGGUCAGUGACCCAGCCAUUAACCUAUCCCAGCAAAAGAACGCCAGCCAGAAUGGCCAUCAUGAUAGGUGAGGCCAUAGUCAAAGAGAACUUCGAAAUUAACGUCUUAGAAUUCUUUGUUACGAAAGGGACUUGUUAAUAUUUAUACGUCACUUGCAGGGGUCGCAUGGCUGGUGUCGUUGUUGAUAUGCCUUCCCCCGAUCCUUGGUUGGCGGCCAAUCCGGGAGCCGGGGAAGUGCACAGUCAGUUCUGAAGUUGGUUAUGUCAUCUACUCGGCCUGUGGCUCUUUUUACAUUCCCGUCAUCAUCUUAAUCAUCGUAUAUUGGCGGAUCUACACAAUCACCAAACAUCACAGUCGUCAGCGAUUAAAGGAAACCCAGCGGACUGAUCAGACGUUAUGCCAGCUGGCUGCUGCAACUCAUGCUCAUGUUACAUCGGGGUCUAAUGGAAACAGUGCUGUGUUCACACCUCCUUCUAACGGAAACAAAGUCGGCAGUCCUCCAGAACUCAUGGUAAGUUAGUUUAUUAUAUAUUGACAAGUCCCACAUGGAAACAAACAUUUUUUGUUAGCCAUUUAAUAUGCAGAACUCUUGAAUUUGCAAGAUUUGGGAGGGAUGAUGUAAGCACGGUCAUGUAUGAUGAAAAAUAGAUAGAGUUGCCAAUUAACCAUGUGUUUGGUGACGUUUUCAAUGAUUUAAACCUUUUUUUAGCAUUUUAUUCCUCAUCAUUAAACUUUCUCAGUUUCCAUUGCGAUGUUUUAUAGAGGUCGAAUCGGAGGGUUUCUUGCAGUUAUAUAAUCGAAUGUUUUUAGAAUGGAUACGGUAAAACCCGGGGUAAAUGGGUGGCCAUGUCAUUGGAGAAGAUGGAAGAGACUUGUGAGAGUAAAAAGAGCACGGAGAAACGGCGGAGACUGCUCAAGAUCAAAGAAAGACAAGCCACUUUACUUCUGGGACUGAUUUUAACAGCUUUUAUUGCCAGCUGGCUGCCUUUCUUUGUAAGUUACUUUAAAACUACAAAACAAUGUUUCAUCUUUUUCAGGUCAUGUAUGUACUUGCUGCCUUUGGAUUCUCAGCUCCAGAAUUGGUUUUCAAAUUCUUUUUUUGGCUGGGUUACUGUAAGUUUUGUGUUUUUUUACCUGACCAUAUAAAGUUAUAAAAAUAUUCGAAUACUUGGGUGUGCUUUAAGAUUCUGAAAAUGUAACGCUUCCUCCAAAUUUGGAUAAUUUAAACUUUUCUUACGAUUAGUCCCAAAUUACAGAAAUGAGAGCCCACAAUUGAAAAGGAUUUUGGAAUUAAUUAGUACUCAAAAAAAUGUCCUUAAUCGUUGUUGAGUGCACUUUUUUAACUUUUUUUUCGAAACAAAGAAUACUCUUAAAGAAUCCAUUAAAUAUGGCGAUGGAGAAGUUAUUCUUGGCUAAAUUGUGGGGAUACUUUUGUUUUGCCGUUGAAAACUCGUUUACUGCGCAUUCCCUGAGGGAGUAGGAGGGCGAACUUCAGUUACAUAUAAGGCAGUAAUUUCCAUAUCCAAAUUCAGAAAGACGUCACCGAAUACACAGUUGAUGUGUACAGGGGGGAGGUGCGUAAAUGAAACAGAAUUCCUGUUUGAUUUCUAAAUUUAUUUCUUUGUUUUGUUUAGGCAACAGCGGCAUCAACCCAGUGAUCUACACAGUUUUCAAUCGGGAGUUUAAACGGGCCUUGUUUCGUCAGCUCCGGAAACAUCAAAGGUACCUCUUCGCGGUUCGGGAGACCGUCUUCUAA